AUGAUGCAGGAUGGUUCCAUUGGAUUUUCAGACCCACAGCCCUUUCCCAAUGACACCGUCGACAUGUCCUUUUUCUUGGUGGGGGAUGACGCUUUCAGCCUCAGUGAGCACAUGCAGAAACCCUAUGGACAGAGAGCCCUGACCGGAGAGAAAAGAAUUCUCAACUACCGGUUAUCCAGGGCUAGGAGGGUAUCAGAAAACGCCUUUGGCAUUUUGGCCAAUCGAUUCCAGAUACUCCUGUCAAAGAUGAACCACAGUCCAUCCACAGUGAGACUAAUUGUCAAUACAUGCUGCAUUCUACACAAUUUGAUGAGGAUGAGGUACCCCAGUAUGCAGAAUGCACUGGUUGACCAUGAGGACAGAAGUGGCGACCUGGUCCCUGGGGAAUGGAGGAGAGAUCGCAAAUUGGAGGAUACCAGGACUGUCAAUAUCAGGGGCCACAACACAGCAAGCAAAAAAGGGAAGAUUGUGAGAAAUACUCUGAAACACUGGGUCAACUCUCCAGCUGGAAGUGUGCCAUGGCAAGACAGGAUGGAUGACCAGGCUGCUAAUCAGACUGCACCUCUGGUUCCUCGAGUUUCUCUUGCUCUACAGAAGCAGCCUUUCUCGCUUUAG